AUGGUAACUUCAACAGAAAAUCCAAGUGAAGAAGAAGAAAUAUUUACAAAUUCUUUUAAGAGUAAACAACAAAAACAAAAUAAUCAAAAAAGAAUAGGAAUUAUUGGAUUUGGACGUUUAGGUCAAUUCCUUAAAAUAGAAUUAAGUAAAUCACCAGAAUUUUUAUUACAAAAAAUUUGGAAUAGAACUGAGGAUUCUAAUGAAGGUGUUUUACCUUUGAGUGAAUUAAAUGAAGAAAACUUGAAAGACAUUGAUUUAAUUAUUGAGGUUUCACAUCCUGAUAUCAUUCACAAUUAUGCAAACACAAUUCUUAAACACGCCGAUCUUUUUGUUAAGUUUAUUCUUUUAAUAUUGAAGAAAUAA